AUGAACACAGAAUCUAAUGACACUUCUCUUGUUGAAAAAUUUUCCAUUGAAGGAAGUGAGUCAACGUCUCAAGUCUCUUUGAAAGAUAUAAAAAAUGAUAAAGAUCAUAUAUCUUCUGUAAUUGGGUAUGUCAAACAGUCAAAUACUUCUAUUAUAUCAUUAUUUAAUGGCUAUCCUAGAUGGUGUUCUCUUGACACUUCUAAUAACACAUUAAGUGAUGCAAUUGCUAAUAUUGGUGAGUCUUGUAGAAGGUGGUGUUUUUUACGUAUUAACAUGGUAUCUACUGUUCCAGAAUCAUUUUAUCAAAAGUAUUUAUUAUAUCUUUCAUUACCUUUAGUCCCAAGACCACCACCAUAUUCCUUUUCAACAUUCUUACCAGAUCCUAGAAAAUCUGAUAUUAUUAGAAUAGGGAAUAUCUCAUUACAACGUACAGCACUACAUAAAAAUCCACUUGGAAUUAAUGACAUUCAUCCUCCAUUUUCACGUUCAUGGAAAACUUAUGUAAAGAAAGGAAUUGGAUUAAAUUAUCAACGAAUGUUUUUUGUCAAAUAUACAGGAAUAGAGUCUUUUAUAAGAGAACAUCCCGAUUAUUAUCUUUCUAGUGUUUUACAUUCUUUUGGAGGUUGUUGUCCACCAAAUACUAUUUUAUCAUUUCCUUUUACUUAUAAUGGUAUAUUUCAUAUUAAAGAACAUCCACUAUUAGAAGAAAGAGCACUUUCUUCCAUUGGUUUUAUUCUUAGUAUUCUUUCUAUUCAUAAUCCAAAUAUUACUUUCUGUCCUAUAUUACCAAAUAUUCUUGGAAUUGUUGCUUCAUGUUGUACAUUAGAUGAAACAUUAUGUUUUGGUCAAGCAUUACUAACUCAUUCAUCACAGUCUAAUAAUUUAUUACCAUUACAUCCAGUUGAUUACGUAUUAAUUCAAGAUAGUUUAAUUGAUACGUUAAAAUCAUAUUUCCCAAAUAAAUCACAAAUAAUAAAUGCAUUAUCAGUAAAUACAUUUCUUAAAUACUAUACUAAUUUUAUGGUAGGAUAUGUUUCUUAUGGAGCAUUAUUUUGUAUUCUUGAUCAAUUUUUAGUGUCUGGAAUAAAAACAAUAACUCGAUAUAUUCUUGCUGCUGCAAAAGUUGCAGAAGAUAUUUUAAAUUGUGCUGAAACAACUGAUGAGUUUGUUUCAGUAUUAAAUUAUGUUUUAUUGGCAUAUCCAGACCCAUCUAUUUUAAUGAAAAACGCAUUAAAAAUUGAUUUAACAACAAUUCCAUUAAACCAACCAUCACAAGAUCGACAUUCAUUUACACCAUUAAAAAUGAAUAUUAAUACAUCUGUUAUAGAAUAUUCAACAUUAGAACUUAUUUGGCAACAUAUCCCAGUGCAUAGAAGAGUAUUAGAACCAAAUAUUGUAUUUAAUUCAUCUAUUGAUGGUGUAUCGUUUAAUCAUAUGUAUAAUAAAGUAAGAAAAUAUCAACCCUUAUUAUUUGUAUUAAAAACAGAACAAGGGAUAGUAGGAAUGUUUUUAUCUCAUUCAUUAUUAUUAGGUUCUGCUCCUUAUUUUGGUAAUGGAGAGGAUUUCUUAUUUAAAAUUGACCUAAAUAAAAUUCUUCACACUUAUCACUGGACUGAAAAAAAUUCCCUUUUUUGUUCUACAAAAAAUGAAAAUCUUUUCUUCGGUGGUGGGGGAGAAGGUCCUGCUCUUUUAGUUAAAAAAAAUUUUACUGUCUCUUCUUAUUCUUCUGAAACUUUUGGUAACCCUCGUUUAUUCGAUAAGGUUAAUCUUCCUAUUGUUUGUCUUGAAAUAUUUACAAUGGGUUGA